GAGCCGCGGGCUGGGGGUGCCUCGUCCGCUUCGACUUCGCUGCCCCGCCGAUGGGGGACCGGCUGGUGAUACGGGGGCCUUUGCUGCCGGACAAAAGUCCUUUGGAGGAGGAGGACGAGGACAAGGACGGGGUCGUGGAGGAGGACGAGGAGGACGAGCCGCUCUUCGUGGACGCCGAGGAGCUGUGUAAUGGAGGGUUGAGGUCGGGCAGCCUCCCUUCGCGCUGCCGGGUUAUAAUUGAAGAUGAAAACACUACAGAGAAGAUUCGAGUGUUUGGACGGUUUUCAUUGGUUGAUCCUUGGUGGAAAGUUAAAGUGAAAGUAAAACUUGUGGGAUCCCGGUACCUUGCCCAUGGAUUGCCAUCUUACUUUUUACGGACAGACUUAUUGUCCAAUCACAAAGAUAUUUGUGCACUUUUUCUUAAGGCCUGUGAAUUUCCAGAUGAUUUUAGAUUGGGCUUUUUAAAGUGGGUAUAUGGAAGAUCAAGUUAUUGCAACUUGAGCUUUGCAAAUCUUCAAGAAGCACUGAAAGAUUUUGAAGAAGAAUGGCAAAAAGAGUCUUCAGGGGAAAAAGGUAGAAAUUCUUCACAGGAGAAAAAAAAUCAAAGUUUAUCGAAUAAAAAUCCAACUGCUUUAAAAACUGUAAUGACAGCUUUGAAGUUUCCAAGAAUAAUGGAAUUCAUUCCAAUCCUUCUGCCUCGGCAUUUUCACAAUCUUCUGAACCUAGAACAUCCUGAGAGCUUGUUCAGAGACUUGGAAGAAAUCCUAAAUACCUGUCCUUGGAAACUUGGGUUUAGUAGAAUAAUCUACAGAGAAUUGAAGCUUAUUGGGUGUGAAGCAACUUGGCUGGCAUUCUGUCAGUGUGAAUUUCUUAUCCAAAAAAUGAGUGAUUUGGAGAAGAAUGCAUUAAUAACAUAUAACAAACUGAAACAGAUAUGUAGAGAAUAUGGACACACUUAUGUUAAAGAAGUUGAAUUAACCUCUAAUUUGUCUGGAAAGGUAUCAUUUCAAGAUGUUUGGUCUUCUCUGAAGUUUUUGAAAGAUAUUAGGAUAGUGACAAAUGAGAAAGAAUGUAUCUUUCUCAGUGAUCUUUAUGAAGCUGAAAGAGAUGUUGCUUCUUUGGUACAUGACCUUAUGACAUCACCAUCAUGGAAUUUAAAAGUAGAUGUGAAAGAAGUUCUUGCAUCUAUGGAGACCAGGAAAUCCAAGCAUGCAGAAGGAGAUGAUGCAAUGAAUACGAGUAAACCUCAGGAAGAAAAAUUAGAAAAUGGUGGUCAUGCUUUGGACAUGCAGAGCCAUCGUAACCAAGUUUUUCAUUCUGAUGAAAAUGAAAUUGAUUUUGAAAUGCCAAGCCAAGUACAGCUGGACCAGGAUCAGGUAGCUGCCCUGGAAAUGAUUUGUUCUAAGGCGGUGACAGUUGUCAGUGGGAAAGGUGGCUGUGGAAAGACCACAAUUGUUGGCCAUCUCUUUAAGUAUGUGGAGCAAAUGGAAGAGACAGAAGUGUGGAAAGCUUGUGAAGACUUUGAACAAGACCUCGAUGCGCCAGAAGAAUGGAACACUUUUGUUCAUCAAAGUGAAUGGAAUAAUAACAAACGUAUAGAAGUAUUGCUCACAGCACCCACUGGUAAAGCCGCUAGCUUAUUGAAAGAGAAGACUCGCCUUGCUGCUUAUACGUUACAUCAGGUAAAGUACAGCUUCUAUUCAUGGCAGAGAACAAAUCAGAAAUUGGAGGACAAAAUUCCAUGGAAGUUUUCUUCAGUGAAAGUUCUUGUUGUGGAUGAAGGGAGCUUAGUCUGCAUAGCAGUCUUCAGAUCAGUUUUAAAUUUGUUGCGGAAACAUGCCAGACUCGUGAAGCUGAUUAUCCUUGGUGAUAUCAGACAGUUACCCAGCAUUGAGCCUGGUAACUUGCUAAUGGACCUAUUUGAGACUCUCAGAUCAAGAAACUGUGCUGUGGAGCUUAAAACAAAUCAUAGAGCAGAAUCUCAGCUUAUUGUAGAUAAUGCAGCAAGAAUUUCUAGGCGACAGUUUCCAAAGUUUGAUGCAGAGUUGACAAUUUCUGAUGGUCUGGCCGACUCAAUCCCAGAUCAAAAUAAGAGGUUUAUUUUUGUUAGACUACCUGAAGAUAGUAGUCAUUCUCAGUCAUCUCAAAGGAACUAUUGCUCUUACUUGUAUUCUGCAGUUAAAACUUUACUUAAUGGUGCAGUGGAACUAAAGAAGCCGAAAACAUCACAGUUCAUUGCGUUCAGAAAGCAAGACUGUGAUAUAAUAAAUGAAUGCUGUUGCAGCUUCUACUCAGGCCACUUAACCAAAAAUCAUAAAAAUAGACUUGUCUUCCAAAAAGAUGAUAAAAUCUGCUGCACCAGGAAUGCUUACCUCUCAGACUUACUCCCUGAAAAUUCUAAUAGCCUUCAAAAUGAAAAUUUAGAAUUGGGCCACGACGGAGAUGUUGAUGCUUCUUAUCAUGGUAAAAAAUCCAAGAAAUCCCAUGGCUCUGAAAGUGACAUCCGGCUAUGCAAUGGAGAGAUAUUUUACAUAACAGAUGAUGUACAGAAUGAAAAUGGAAGAUUCUUGACUAUUAAUAAUCUGGCUGGCUUAGAGGUUACUGUAGACUUCAAAAAACUAGUGAAUUUUUGCCAUAUAAGGCAUGCUUGGGCAAGAACAAUUCAUACAUUUCAGGGAUCAGAAGAAGACACAGUAGUUUAUGUCAUUGGAAAAGCUGGUCGACAACACUGGCAGCAUGUCUACACAGCUAUAACACGAGGUCGCUCUAGAGUGUAUGUUAUAGCGGAAGAGUCCCAGCUCCGGAAAGCAGUUAAACAAAGUAGUUUUCCCAGAAACACUCGUUUAAGACAUUUCUUGCAAAGGAAUUUUGCGUAUAGCUGUACAUUUCCAACAGAAGGAUCAUUCCCUUCCAAAAGCCAUGGACAAAGUAAAGGACACAGCUCCCAACCUUCAGCAACUCCAUUAGACCCAAACAUACCUGGAACUUUUGCAAAUAGCUUUAUUAAAACAUGUGACUCUGUAGAUGAGGAUGUGACAUUAAUUACUAAUAGAGGAGAGAAAAUGGUUUCAUUUGAGGAAACUGAUGAGGAAGAAGAUUCAUUGGAGUUAAGAGGAACAAAGAGAAGUACCAUAAAUGACUUUGAAAGUCCAAACAAAUUACUUCUGGUUGAACCGACAUCUCCAUUUGUAUCUGCCAGACUUCAAAAUAUGACCCUGAAUAGCUUGACUCCCAAGCAGCUCUUCAAAACUACAGUCAGUGAAGGAACUUAAUUUCUGGCUGAACAGAAUGAUUGUGAUGUAUUUUUGUCUUUGGUGAGAAAAAUACAUAGCAGUAUCUUGGAAUUAUGAAGGUGAAAUUGGUCAAGUUUUAAGUGGAAUUUUUGGAUUUUGCAGAAUCAAGCAGAUUUUGUUUUAAAGCACAACCAUGAAGAUUUAAAUGCAUUUUAUUGGCAUAAUAUAUAACAUAGAAUCCAAGCAUUAGCUUACAUAGUUUUAUUUGAACUUUUUCAUACUUUUAGGAUUAUGGCUUUAAUUGCUAGUAUAAUUAUAGUCCAUGUUUGGUUAUCUUUGAUAAUGUGAUUUGGUUAUUGGAUUAGCACAGAAAAUCUAAAAAUUAUAUGAGGGUGUGGCUACAGUAAGGGGACUGUGUUUUAAAACAAACAUACUAGAAUUCAAUAUACCAAAAGAGUGUUGCCUCCUUUAAAAAGGUACCCACCUGUUGAAGCUGUAUGCUUCUCUCAGUGAUGUUCCCAUGGCCCAAACCAUGCGGAGCGCUUCCUUUUGGGAAGUGCCUUGAGGGCUUGUUGCAUGUUUUUCUGAGUGUGUAACGUGGUAGCUAACUAAUUCCUUUGCAGCUGGAUAAGUCUUUUGGAGCCAAGACUGGUAAAUCAGCAAGAGAUCAACCUUAGGUAAAACAAAGUAUGACUCUAAACUGCGCCUGAAAAACAGUGUGCCAGAAAUGAUGUUUAAAAAGUGUUUUGAGGAAAGGUUUUAGGAUCUAUUGUAAGAUUCUCUUCUUCUACCCCAAAUGUACACUUACCUCUGAAAUUGUUAUAUUUAGGCAAAUAUGCAAUUUAGCCUCCAACUGACAAUGUAGAAGGAGGUCACCCCACAAACAUUUUGGGAAAAGCCUGUCUGGCAUUGGAAAAGCUGUCCAUGGAAUGUGAACAUUGAAUAAAUAGAUAAACAGAUUUUUAAAACAUUUCUUUAAAAAAAAGUAUUAUGUGACCAUCUCCAUGGUGCAAUCAUGUAUUACGCGAUAGAAUUUUUUUAAUGUCUUAUUGAAAGAUAGUAAAAAAUGCCAAAAAGAAAUUAUGUUUGAAUUGUAACCAAACACUUUACAAUAAUAGAAUAUAAUGAGAAAAGAUUUCUGUUAUCCCCUCCACCCCCUAACCUAAUGCAGGAAUUCCUUCCAUCGUAUCAUUGAACAGUGGGUUUUUUUAGGGACAGGGAGCUCACAAGGUUUUUCAGGGACAAAGAACUGUUUUGUAAGGCAACCCAUGCCAUUGUUGACUGGAUCUAAUUUUGGCAAAUUCUAGUCCAAACCAUAUCGGAACAGAAAUUCCCUCUAUUGCACUCCCCCAAGUGGUAGUUAUCAUUCGGUCUUUGCUUGAAGACCUUAAGUAAGGAGAUCCAAGACAGCACAGUUUGACUUUGAAAUAGCUGUGGUUGUUAGGAAGUUUUUCUUCAUGCCUCAAUUUGCCUUUUUGUAACCUCCCUCUAUCAUUCCUAGAUCUACCCUGUGGCCAAACAAGUCUAAUUUACCCUUCUUGCUCUAAUGACUGUGCUUCUAUAAAUGCAGCCCAAGAUUACAUUAGUGUUUUUAGCAGCCAUCUCACACUGGUUUGUAGAAUGUGAAUUGAGGAACCCCCCCCCCCAAGAGGCCAUCAAGUCCAGCCUGUAUCUGAAGAAAUCUUCCCCACAUCAUACCUGAAAAGUGUCAGGCUGCAUUUGUUUUAAGACCUUCAGUGAGGGGAAACUCACUCCUUACUCCCAAGGUAGCCCAUUAUGCUUUUGCAUUAACUAAUUAUUAAGAUGUUUUUACUUAUAUUGAGCCUAAAUGUACCCCUCUUCAACUUCUACCCCUUGUUGCUAAUUCUGUAAUCCCUCAUUCACACAACUACCCUUUAGAUGUUAGAUAGCUUUCAUGUCUUCUCUAAGUCUUUUCUUCAUUGGGGUAAAUGUUUUUUGAAGGCCUCAGUUCUUCUUUUGAUCCUUAUAUGGCAUGACCUCAGAGUUCUUCAUCAGCCUGCUUGUGCUUUCCUUUGGACACCCACCACUUUACCAAUGUCCUUUCUAAGAUUAACCACCUUGGUUUGUUUUUUUUCUUCACAUGAAUGGUUUCAAGUCAGAUUUUCCCCCUUCCUCCCCUAUUAUUUACUGACUUAAUUGAUUUUAAAAACUUAAAUGCAGGACUUCAUAUUUAUUCUAGUUACAUUUCAUCUUGUUGGUUUUGAUCCAUUCUCUGGUUGGAUAUAGAUUAAAUUCCAUGUAAGAUUUACAAAUAACAUAUUCCAGAAAGUCAAGAACGUGGAUAGCUUUAGUGUUCAUUUUAGUAGAAUUUGACCAGGUAAUUAGCUGCUUCUGUGUAACAGUUGUUAAAAGCAGUGCCUUGCAAAUAGUAGGUGCUUAAUUGUUGGAUUGAAUUGAAAGUGAAAAAAAAACCAAAACUGCAAUCUUCCAUGGUCAAGAUAAUUACCCUUGUUAAAGAAAGAUGGCACAAUAGUUGUACCAUUUUCUGUCACUUUCAUGGUUUAUCAUAGAUAUCUGUAUAAUAUAAAGUACUUUCAAUAAACUAGAUUUUUUGAAGUCCUGCAUUAUUUUAAGACCUUUGUUUUUAAACCUCAUUCAUCUAGAUGAAACUCUCAAUUUUGUAUUAUAUCUGAUCUGUACUCUGCAAUAUCUGGCCAAAGUGGAUUUAGGUCUCAGAGAAUUUAUACUGAAUAUCAUACUUUGUCUUUUUUAAAUUACUGUUUAUUCCACUGUGUACAAUUUGAUUUUUUUUCAUACAAAUUUACAACAAUUCUGAGCUCCCAAAAACCAUACAUAGACGAUAAAUAUCAUGCUAUUAAAGUAUUAAAUUUGUACAAAAAUACUUUACAGUUUAAUACUUGUUUGUUACAAAUAAAAAUACAUAUUUAAGUGA